GUCACCGCGGUGAAGCUCACGGGCGACGCGAACGUCCCCGCGGGCGCGGCGUCGUUUCGCGCGAGGGUGGGCGCGGAGCACAGGUUGGAGAGCUCGUUUUCGUACCCCGACGAGCUAGGCGUCGUCGCGCGGUACAAAGGGCAAGGGCGCGUGGCCAAGCCGGGGUUCACCGAGAGGAUCUGGGUCGACGGCGAGCUGCUGUUACUGGACGGCCGCGGCGGGUCGCUCACCGGCGGCGCGGAGCUCGGGUUCGUGUGGGCGGUGCCGGGGGAGCGAAGGCUGUUGAUUUUGUUUUCGUCGUUGGAGUUGCCAGAC